AUGCAUUUCUAUAUUGACUCUGCUCAACACAGCAUUGCUUUUUCUUGGUAUAGGUUAAGAGUCCAGAUCUAUUGCCAGGAAAAUCUGUUUCCAAAGAUACAAGAAGUCGUGUUAGAUGCAUGGUCUGCCUACUCGAAGCCGGUGCCUUCAAGCUGCAGUGAGCUCCUGACUUUGUUUCUUCAGUGCUGCUGCAUUGCCUUGCUGACAGGUGGCCUCCUCUACAACUGGAUGUUCUCCUCACUAGAGUAUCCAUUUCACCUCUCCUUUGCAACUGCGGUUUCCUUCAGUCUGCUACUUCUACUGAUCCUCUUCUUGGUGCAUCCUAUCCGCUGCAUGUUCACCAUAAUCAUACCUACGUUGGGCACUAAACAAGGACGGAGGCUGCUCUUGUCCACCUGCUUCAUGAUCGUGGCAGUUAAUAUCUUACCAAACAUCAUGGACAACAUUAAAACCAUACUGCAGGUUAUUAAAUGCAUUUGCAAGGAUUCCUCAGACAGCCUUUUGAACUCAACAACCCUGCUGGGAAAAGCUUCCAUGCAGUUUGGUCACCAGAUCAAAGAAGUCACUGACAAAAUGGCAGAUAACUCUCUGAAGCCCAGGAAUGGACAUUUUCAGUAUGCUGUGAAUCACAGUAGUUCCUUGGUGAGGGACCAAGUGCUAAUUGCUAGUCAGAAGAUCAAGGAUGAUUUCUCUGCUGUCGAAUUGCUGGUCAAACAGGCAUUGCUGGUAGCCAACAGGGUGGCUGCUGGCUUCUUCCUGUUCUAUCUCCUUUUUGAGUCCGCUUGGUAUUUGAAAAGCUAUCUCACCAACCUCCAAUUUGACAAUAUUUACAUCACCAAAAAGCUGGAGGACUUGGCUGUGGACAAGAAAGCAGCCCAUCUGCUGACAUGCUCACCCAAAAAACUGAUCAGAUCCACAGGCUUGAAGCUGUCCCGGGAGGAAAAGAUGGUGUGCCUGGUGCGCAUGAUGCUCCUCACUUUGGUCCUGAUGCUGACAGCGGUGAUCAUAGCAACGGACUACAUCGCCUUCCACUUGGCAGAUACAGCAAUGAAUGAGGUGGCUCAGUUUCCCAGGGUGCCCAUAACGCUCAACAUUAAAUAUGAUGCUAAAAUAAACAUUCUGCCCUUUAUCUGGAAAAUUUUCAAUGGAGUCACUUCUGGAGAACAAUCCAUUGUGAACUUCGAAAGAACUUACCAGCAGAAUCUGACCUUCAUCUCUGCCGAUUGCACAAUAAAACGGCCAAGCCCCCCCAACAACUUUGUGGCCCUUGCUGUCGGAAUGCUCUAUUGCAUCAUCUAUGCCAUGAUCUUUCUGGAAACGUACGCACAACGUUUGUGCCGAAAAAUCUCUGCCUCCUUCUUUGAAAGACAAGAAGAGCAGAGAGUCCAGCACCUUUACAGAGAGCUAUUAAGGAAACAAGAAGAAGGAGCAGCAACUGAAGCAGGGGAUUUGUAA